CUACACCGACCCGGUUGAUCUCUAUUCAGGUUAUUACUAACUGACCACUUGUGUCGCUCCACUUUCGCUCUUUCUCCUCUACACCAACUGCCAUGGAAGAAGGUUCGUCGCGACGUUCCAAACGCGCUUUCGUUGAGGAUGAUGACUCCAAUAAAGCUCCCUCGCAGAAACGGGUAAGGUUCCCAAAGGGUAAGAAGGUAAAGCAGGACGAUAACACGGUUGAUGGGCGUGAAGAUAAACCUAGUGGGUGGACAGAUCCUCGCCUUGCAGCCAAAGAGCGUUCGGUACGGCGGAAUCAAAUAACAGCGGAGCUCCUUGAUGAAGAAAAUGAAGGUGAAGUAGCUGACAUAUCGCGGGCAGAAGUGGAAUAUGAGGAAAAUGAAACAUUCAUUGAUGAUGGGAUUGCAAUAGAGCCUUUUAAUCUGGAUAAAGAGAGAGAAGAAGGUUAUUUUGAUGCAUCAGGAAACUAUGUUGAAUAUUUAAAUGAAAACGAGAUAAAGGAUGCAUGGCUUGACAGUGUUGAUACUGAGAAAAGAUUUUCUGGGAAGAAUGCUGUGAAGAUAUCAAAUGAAGAUGAGAUUCAAGACCUUACAUCAGAACAACUAGGAAAGAUGAAGAGGCGAAUUGCUGAUGUGCUUGAGCCAGGAGAAACAGUUUUGCGAGGUUUAAGGAGAUUGAAAGGUACCUCAAAUGAUAAAAAGGGAAAAAUGUCUCCAGAAACUAAGCAGCUGUUUGAUCAGCUAACAGAAGAUGCUAUGAAGCUGAUGGAGAAUGGAGAUUACAAUGUGUAUGAGGAAAAGCAAGAGAGUUUCCAACGGGAAGCAGAGGGAUAUGAGAAGUUAGCUCAGGCAAGACAGGGUAAAUCCAUUGAAUCAAUGCAGCCUAAGCCCGAUAAUAUCCUCGAUGAAGAUUUCCUUCCCAGUGGAUCAACUGCUACUGCAGGAGGACAUUCUAUGGCCAAUGCAGAUGUGGCUUCAUCAAAUUCAUCUAACACAGGUACCAAGAGCGAUGAUGCAUUUGACAUGUUUGGUGAAGACGACGAAAAUAUUCCAGCUAAUCCUGCCUCUAAUGGAGGUGAUCAGCAUGGCGAUUAUGUCUUUGAUGAGUCCUCUGGUUAUUACUACAGCAGCAGUUUGGGGUACUAUUAUGAUCCAUCAUCUGGACUGUAUUGCCAUGCAUCAUCAGGACAAUGGUACUCAUAUAAUGAUGAAUCGGGCAUAUACCAAGAGGUGCCACAGGCUACACCCGCAAGUUGAAAGAGCCGGGUUCUUAUACAGGAGUGAUGGUCCUGGUGAUAGUUUUUCUUUGACAGAGGUUAAGAAGAUAUUUCCUGUUGGAAAACCUCGUAUAGGCCGUCCGCUUUGCUGCGUUUGUCAAACUUAUUGAAUCUCAACCUUUGGAAACAGGCAUAUUUUGAAAUGCGUUUGUGCUCUGCCCAGUGCCCACUGUAAACAUCAUAGUUGCAAUAGUAUACUUUCGUUUGCGUACAAGCAGGUGUACAGUGAAUUCAUAGCAUGUUGAGAAGACAAAGUUGUGUCUUGGAUCUUCUUGUGAUAAUCUCGUAGGUCUCUUGUUCUUGUAAGCACAAAAUGCUGCUAGGUUCCAGUAGCUCUCAAACUGUGACAUUAUUUUCUAGUUUGUUUUUCCAUUUCUAUUUAUGACUAAUCAAUCAAUAUAUCCCUCUGUGUUACUACUA